CGGGCAUGCAACAGGAGUCUUUUUGAGUGACCCGAUGGUACCAAAAGAUUCCAGUUGGUGCAUGGACCUCUUGUUUGGUAUGACGCACAAGAUCGGAGAGUUCCACGACCUUCGCUUCAUAAGCUUGGCAAUCCAAUGCGACAACGCCUCUAAGGAGGUAAAGAACAAUACGACCCUACGGGGUCUAGCGUACGUCAUCGCCAACAGGAGACUUUUUUCUGCAGAGGUUAGAUCCUUGAGGUCAGGACACUCACACGAAGACGUUGAUGGCUUCUUCGCACAGCUCAACGCAGUCCUGGAAGCUAGGAACGAGUUGCACACGCCUCAAGAAUUUCGCGAUGCAAUCGAUGGAUACUUGCAGCUUCCAACGACGCGCCCAGAUGAUUCCUCGAUCAAGUGCACGCAAGUCCUCAAUAGUGUGAGAGACUGGAAACCCUUUCUCCAGAUCAAGUGCUUGGGCAACCACCUGAAAGGGAUCGGGGGGCCAGCUGCCCCCCACACCUUUGUUUUGCAGAGAUUCAGCGAUACAGUUCGCAGGACACGCCAGUACAUGGCAGAUCCUUCAUACACAGGACGCCCG